UUUGGGCCUCGGCGGGCGCCGUUGUCCCGUGACCCGAUCCGGAAGCGCGGGGCUCUUCCGUGCUGGCAGCGAUGGCUCCGGACCGCUGGCUCUCGCUGUACGAUGCCACCUGCCAGGUCGCUCAGGAGGUCGCCGAGAAAAUCCAGGAGCGUAACCGGUACCAGAGGAACGGGGAAAGCUCGGCCAAGCUCAAUGUGAUUAUCAGGUCAUCACUGCAGAAUCUCCAAGAGAAGAUUGAUCAGCUGAAGGACUUACUGCUUCGGGCUGUAUCAACACACCAAAUCACACAGCUGGAGGGAGACAGGAGGCAGAAUUUGGUGGAUGAUCUUCUCACACGACAGAAACAACUCCAGGCAUCUUACAAGAAUGAAGGCACAGAACCAGAUGUGAUAAGAUCGAGCCUAAUGACCGGAGGGAUCAAACGAGGUGUCACUAACCCGUGGCUCUUGGAAGAAUCUGAAGAAACCAGAGGGCUUGGCUGUGACGAUCUCAGGCAGCAGCAGCGAAGGAUCAUAGAAGAGCAAGAUGCUGGACUCGAUGCUCUUUCUUCAAUCAUAUCCCGGCAAAAGCAAAUGGGGCAGGAAAUUGGGAAUGAGCUGGAUGAGCAGAAUGAGAUCAUCGACGACCUCACUAACCUAGUGGAAAACACAGAUGACAAGCUUCGCAACCAGACACGGCACGUGAAGAUGGUGGACAAGAAAUCAACGUCCUGUGGAAUGCUGGUGGUGAUUGUGUUGCUGCUGAUUGCGAUUGCUGUAGUUGCUGUCUGGCCGACACACUAACGCGGGUGUGGGGCCCACUGGAGCUGCUGCUCCACAGCUGAGCACGGAGGACUCUGGAGAAGAGACCAACUGUGUGCAAAGACCUGUGAUUUAAAUAAACUCAAUGGUAUUAGAAUGAAGCUGUGUCCGACAGACAUCCGCUCUCCCUUUGGUGCACAGCUGAAGAGCGCUGCGUGAUUUGGAGGGUUUGAACAUGAAAAGGACUCUCUUCCCACCUUCAUUUGGCAUUGAGGACGCUGCAUCUAGCUCCACAAGAGCUGCACUUCCCAGUGCAUCUGUGGCAGAGCACGUGCUGGUGUCAGGGUGCUGCUGCCUGGCCCGUGGCUGUGGCUGCUGCUGCUGAGCAGCUUUAAGAUACUAAAAUGCAGGUGUGGGUUGGGAGUACUGCGGCUCCUCCACUUUCUCAUACCUUCCCUAGGGACGAAACCACAGUUUUCAAGGAAUAGGUGUUUUGGGGAAUGACUGCAUCUGGAUUCUCGCAGGAUGGGAAGCCCCACGCGGAGACAUGAGACCCCCACAAGAUGCACAGAAAUGCUGGUGAAUGAGUCAGUCCUUGGGGGAGAGUUGUUGGUGUUGAUCUCCAUGGACAGACAUGUGAACAGCAUCAGGUUUCCAGCCAGGUGGGUCCGAGUGGAGAGCCUUGCCCUGUACGUGCUCAUGAGGACAGGGUGCUCUCCACAUGCUCUACCGUGCUCUGCACACAGGAUGUGCUGCAUUAAUGUACUAACCUCAGCAAUCGAGGGCUGCCUCUUUAUCACUUUUCACUCUCUGUUAGACCUGAGAGGAGGAAUUUCCCUAUUUACAAACUAAUGAAAAAGAAGGAUUGAAGGUUCGCUUCUGGCUGAGAAAAUCAUUAUUUUGUUACAUGCAUCAGUUUGAUUUCAGAAUUGAUAGGGCAAGCAAUAAAUAUUGAAUAAAAGCUGGUGCAUUUCUAUACAGUUUAUCUGCCUGGGUCUUUAUUGUUUCCAGCCAUCUCAUGUUGUGCAUGAAUGAUUUCUCCAACACUUUCAUUUCCUAAGAGCUGGUUUGGAGAAGGAAAAAAGCAAUUCCUGUCAGACUUCAUGUGUAUCAUGACAUAUAUUUCCUGGCAGAUCCAUAAGACUUGCCAGCCCUGGGCUGGCCCUCACCUGUGCUGGUGGAGUAUCUCCUUUUGCAGCUCUCAACUGGCUCUUGGCACUCAUUUCCCUCUCCCUGCCUUCCACCUGCAUAACAGAAGUGGUGGCACGUCUAGCACUGAUGUGGGAGGUGGGAAACCAGGGUAUCCUCGUGUUGCAUUACUUCUUGAGGGACAUGCAUCUCCAUGUGUUUUGCUAGAGAAAAUCUUUCAAGCCUUUAGAAGUCCGAUCCGGCUGAUGCGUGCUUGCUUUUGCUUGGAGAGAUGCUUCAUCUUACAGCCUUCAAAGGAGAAAAGGGGAAAAAAACACAGGUAGUUUUAUGUUCUCGUGGUUUUCAAGAGGACACAACAGGUUUUUGACUUGUUUAUUGCUUGAUACUAGAUUAGAAACGGAGCUUUAAGCAAGGCUGCUCCAGCUGGCAACAGGUAAGAGGGAGCUUUGGAGCUGUGUUCAGAACUUGUGCAUUCCUGCAGUUCUGUGGAAGGACCAACACUGGAAACUCUCCUGGAGUUGUUUCUCAGCAGCAGCCUGUGCCCAAGCCCUGCAGCGGGAUUUCACUCACGGCUCCAGUGCAGCCCCUGGAUCUCUGGUGACAGCAGGAGAAUGACACGUGGUUUGUUGAGAUGAAGCUACAGACUCGGGUUUCUAAUUAAAACUGCCGUUUAUGGAGGGAAUGAAGGUUUUGUUUGAAUUCCCAGGACACGCAGGAUGAUGCAUAAUUCAUCCUGAUCAACGUGACACAGUGACUUUGUUCUGGCAGAGGCUUUAAAACGAUGUUUCCUGACCUGCUGGGUCCUCAAACAGAUUUUUCCUGUUAGUGCUCGGGAAAGGUAGAAAUGCGAGGCUUUGCUCUGCUGAAAUGUCUCACCACGGGGGCCUCAGACUUGCCCUUUAGUAACAUUUAAUAUGUCGUGUGGGUGAGGAGUUUUAUUAAAAACCAGUGGAUUUGGCAGCGUUCUGCUGUGCUGGGGGAAGCUUUUCUGUCUCCUGCCCCACCAAAGAAAAAGGUUAAAGUACCAGAGCCGCUGGGUUUUGGCUCAGAGCGAGCAGGCUUGGCGAGCCCAGCUCACCGGAGCCUGGCGCAGGGUCACCGUGCUGCCGGCUGCCCUCACUUCCAGGCGUGGAGCAAAGGGUGCUCAAGCUGCCCGUUGAAUCUAUGCCAUGGGGCUGCUGGAGUCAUGCACUUGUGGUGGCUUCUCCAAGCAAAGGUCUCCUCCGUUCCCCUGUAAUGUGCUCAGAGGGACACCCCAGGCUUGGCAUUCCCUUGCAGCUCCUUCAUUUCUCUCUUGGAGGAUGUGCUCAGGAGUUUAGCUGCUUCCAGUUGGUAUUCUGUCAAAAAUACAAGUGCUGUGGGAAGGUCUGGGACCUGUGAGAGGCACUUGCCUGUCCAAGUGCCCUUGAAAAGAAGUCUCUAGCUCCUGUUUGAGGGUAAAGAUGAUCUUGAAAGGCUGCCGGGCAUUUUCACAUGCCCUUAUGUCUGGAGGUUGGGUGUGAGCUCGGUGCUGAGCUUGGCUGAGCUCUCUCAUGCUGCUCAGUGGGAUGAGGCUGAGAGCAAACGCUCGGGCUCCAGCCCUCAGUGGGAACAGGCUCUUUUCCCAUUUUCCAGAGCCACCGUUUCUUCAUUGAACAACUGCCCGCCUGCCCGGAGGACACGGAGCCAGAGCAAUCUGGGAAACGCAUUUGCUUCUGUGAGGAGCCACAGGUGACAGCCCCGGAGCAGAGGUGGUGGCACUUGUGACCCAUUUGUCUCUGCAAUAAAGAUCUGAGAUUUCUGACCUC